ACUCAAAAUUUGAUAUUGUCAUGAUUACUAGAUGCUAUAAUUGCUACUGAAAGAUUUAAAUUUUCCAGUUGCUCGCAGCUUUUAUCGUGUCAUUCAUUGCAGUGAUGGCAGUUAUUGGUUCUCAUGGAUACCUCCCCUUCAGUUUAGGUACGCCAGGGUUGAUUGGCUUGGCUCUCUCAUAUGCGGCUCCAAUUGUAUCUUUACUUGGAAGCUUCUUAACAAGUUUCACGGAAACAGAGAAAGAGAUGGUUUCUAUUGAGAGGAUCUUACAGUAUAUGGAUGUUCCUCAAGAAGAAGAUGUUGGAGGUCAUCCGUUACAUCCACAAUGGCCCCAUCAAGGAGAGAUCAAUUUUGUCAAUGUGACUCUUAAGUACAAGCCACAACUGCCUCCUGCUUUGUGUGGUGUUUCUUUUGACAUUGCUGGGGCAACACAGGUUGGUAUAAUUGGAAGAACAGGUGCAGGAAAAUCAAGUAUUUUGAACGCCAUAUUUCGGCUCUACCCAACAUGUGGAGGAUCUAUCAUGGUUGAUGGCAUAAACGUUGCUGGUGUUUCUGUCAGAUAUCUUCGCUCAAGAUUCGCUGUUGUACCCCAGGCUUCUUUCUUGUUUGAAGGAUCGAUAAGGAAAAAUCUAGAUCCAUUGCAAGAGAACAUGGAUUUUGAGAUCUGGAAUGCCCUAGAAAAAUGCAACAUCAAGGAGGAGGUAGAAGCAGUAGGUGGACUGGAUGUUCAACUGAAAGGGUUUGGAACAGCAUUCUCUGUUGGUCAAAAGCAGCUAAUCUGCCUUGCACGUGCUCUCCUCAAGUCUUGUAAGGUACUUUGCUUGGAUGAAUGUACGGCAAAUGUGGAUACUGAAACAACUUCAAAACUACAGAAAACUCUAGCCACUGAAUGCCAGGGAACAACGGUUAUCACAAUUGCCCAUCGCAUUUCCACAGUUUUGAACGUGGACAAUAUCCUGAUUUUGGAUAGAGGGUUUCUGGUUGAACAGGGUAACCCGCGGAUUCUUCUAGAAGAUCAGUCAUCCAUAUUUUUCAGCUUCGCCAAAGCUUCAAAUGUGUGAUGCAUCUCCGAUGAUGACUUAGGUUUUAGAAAACUAGUUCGGCGACUGGAAGAUGUUGCAUAGUAGAGCAACUAUCCACCUUCAAACUUACUCUUGUUUUAGUUCUAAUGGUUGCUAAAGUAUUAAUGUAGGCUGAACCAAAUCUUCAAGCGUGAAGUUGUUGUACAAUAAAACCAUUAUCUUAGCUCAAAAAGCUGCUGGAAAAAAGAAUGGUAGAUGUGCAAGGGUUUAACUUCUAUGGACUUGUGGGAAUAUUUAUGCAUGAUAAGUGCCAUUAAGAUGUUAUUGUUCA